UGUGUUCCAAUCAAGCAAACACACACACAGACAAAGGCAUGUCUUAAUUUUUAGGUCUUGCUAUAUUAAGACCUUGUAACUGUAAAAUAGUGCUAUCUACUUCUAUACAUAGCACACCACCAUUUAUUGUUGUUACAUCAUUCACAAACUUCCAUCUUUCUUGCUAUUAAUUGUUGCUAAUUUCUUGCCACAUGGAUCUUCAAAGGCAAGAGCCAUGCCCUUCUGAAAAUUUGAACAUCAUCACAUUUUCAGAUACCGUACCAUGCCAAAAUCCUUCCAUCAACACUCAAACAAAGACGAAUCAGACACAAAUGGAAGAUCAAAAACACCAGCAUGAUUCCGUUCCUCGUGUUUUACUAGAUCUAAGUCUCUCCUCCAACAAGGAUUCAGGUGAUGAUAACUCAAAGCUUAAGCCAGAACUCAACCUCCUCAAUUGUUUCCAUACAAAUUUCUCUGAAAACUCAUCAGAAUCUAGUCAGGGAAAUGAACUGGAUCCUCGUGUUUUCUCAUGCAACUACUGCCAAAGAAAGUUUUAUAGUUCCCAGGCACUAGGUGGACACCAGAAUGCGCACAAACGUGAGAGAACUUUGGCAAGAAGAGGAUACAAAGCUGGUGCUGCCGAUUUUGGACACACAUACUCCAACAUGCAUUUUCUGCCUUCACAUGGCUUAUACAACAAAGCACUUGGAAUUCAGGUUCAUUCUAUGAUCAACAAACCUUCUUAUCAAACACCCUUUUUCGGGUUGUGCCGUUCCAAUAAUGGGUGGCAGAGGCAACCUUUGGAUUCACAACCAGCAAUUGGGAACUUUCGUGUGGGGGCAGAAACUGAGUCAUCAUCCUUGGCUGAUAGUGUUCCAAAGUUAGGCAAGUUUUCCACAAGGUUGGUGGCAGAAGGGUUUGGAGGUUACUGCUUUGGUAGCAUUACUACUCAUUUGAAGUCUAAACAACAAGAGGAGUUGCAGAAGCUUGACUUGUCCCUUAAGCUCUAAGUAGUUACUAUAUCCAACAUGCCAUACCCCAGUUUAUUUGUGUCUUUUCUCAUUGGCCAAGAGCUUGACACCUCUUUCCUUUUUUUUUUUCCACUUCUUUUGUCUUCGUGUAUCUCUUGCUCCAGCAAAGUCUAAAUGCAUUUUGGCUACUUACCAGAAGCUUGUGUUUUGCUUUUAAUGUUGUUUUGCUUUAUUUUUGUCAUGAAUAAUGGUUCUACAUGGAUGGAUUUAUUCCCAAGUUAAAAACUUC